AUGACUGCAAACUGGAGUGAUGCUGAAACAAAAGCGCUUCUUCUCAUUCGAGCGGAUGAGGAGAUUUGUCGACAACUUAACAGAACAGUUAGUGACACCGUAACAUACGAUAAAAUAACGAGACUUCUGAAAGAACAAGGUAUAAACCGAAGUAAAAGUCAGGUGAUUAGCAAACUUAAAACGCUGAGGCUGAAGUUUCAGAAAGUACAUGACCAUCAUAAAAGAAGUGGAAACGGCAGGAUUUCGUGGGCAUAUUUUGAGCUUUGUCAGUCCGUUUGGGGUAACAGUCACUCUACAGAACCAGUGGCUUUAAGCAGUAGCCUGAACACCGAGGAGGCUCAAACUAGCUCCGCAGAGUCUGCAGAUCAUGCGAGUGGUGAAAGUAUGCCGCCUGACAUCGAGACGGACUGUGUGGCAGAAGAUACCACUCAACCCCCUAAAAAGAAGACCAAAAAAGCCAAAAACUUCACAGAGUCUAUAACCACAAUGCUAGAGUCAAUGGACAAAUCAUUCAGAGAACAAGAAGCUAUCCAUGUCCAAGAACAAAGGGAGUAUGAGGAGAAGCUGCGUAAAGAGGCCCGGGAAGAACAGAAGGAAGACAGGGCAACCCUAAUGGCUAUGUGGAGGGAAAUGAUGGAGUUUCAAGGGAACCUCUUAAGGGAAUGCAUGAAUCGUCCACCCCUUCCUACAUCUUAUCCACCUUAUUCAUCCCAUCAACAACAGUUCUCUUUCCCAGGUCCUAGCACUAGCUACAUGGCACCAUACUAUCCACCAGAAAAAGAGGCCUCACCCCAUCCUCAGUUUAGGUCUUCAUUCCUAGACGAUUUGGAGGAGUAG